AUGAAUAACACUUCAUAUAGAUGGCUCCAAUACUUCAAAAAGUACCUGAUACUAGACAAUAAAAGUGGCAGAAUUCAACAAUUACCUUCAAGAAAAAAAGUCAAGCAUAAAAAUAAAGUUAGUGCCGAAGUAAAACAACAUCGUUUGGAACAAAAACGUAUUGCUGAAAAAUUAAGGAGAGAAAAAAUACAAAAUGAUCCAAAGGCUUACGAAAAUUACUGUCGAAAUGAAAGAGUAAGAAAUGAAAAAAGAAAAAAAGAAGGAAAACUUAAGUCAAUUCAAGAAUUAUCAGAACGAGAAAAGAGAGCUCGUCGCAUACAACAAAAUUUAUGGAAAAAAACUCACGGGCACGACAAAAAAGAAAACAAGAAAUUAUCGGAAAAUAAUAAAAAACUGCGAACCACAAUUAAUAGCUUACAUAAAAAAUUACAGCGCUUGAAUAUAAAGAAAUCAGACUCCACAUCGCCUAAAUUUAAAGUUGAUAAAAUAUUAAAUGGUCAAAAUGUGAAUCCCGAAGUUCGUAUAACAUUGAUAUUUCAUGAAGUUAUGGUACGGCAACUAAAAUCGUCCUACCAAAACUCAAAAAGCUCCAAGUUCAAGCAGAUAUUGGGUCGAGCAAUAAGCGGAAAAAUUGUAAAAAAAUAUCGACGACUAUCUGCCAUUAGGAAAAAUAUUGUUCCUAUUAUUUCUUCAAGAGUUGAUAGGAGUAAUAAGCCACUAGAGUAUGUAAAAAAUACAAAAAGCAAUCAAAAAUUUAUUCAAGAUCAAGUGAUAAGUUUUUAUGAAGAAAAUAGUAAGAUGAUUCCGGAUAAAAAAGCUUCAAUAAAAAUGAAUGGUAAACAAGUGACAAAGCGUUAUAUGAAUGCUACGAUUAAAGAUUUACAUUCUCAGUUUUGUUCCCAAAGUACGUACCGUGUUAUCUACUCAACUUUCGCAAAAUUACGCCCAAAGUAUUGUAUUGAACCGAAAGUUAAUAAUCGAAAUACGUGUGCGUGCUUCACUCAUGAAAAUUUUUCUUUGUUAAUACAAGCUUUUCACAGUCAUAAGUUAUUAACAGAAAAUACGUCAUACAAAAUUUUGAGCAGUUGCUUAUGUGACAGUAUUUCUGAACUAUGUCUAUCAAGAAAGUGUGAUAAAUCAAUUAACCAUUUUAAACACGAGCUAGAUUUGUUUAUAGCUCAUAAAUACAGAAUUACUUAUCAAAACAACUCCAUGAAAAAACUUACUCAGUCUCUACAAAGCAAUGAGUUAGGACUCCUCAUUGACUUCAGUGAAAAUUAUUCUUCAACAAAUCCAGAGAUAAAUAAAUUAUAUAUAAUGGGUGAUGGUCCAACGACGCAGUACCGCAAUAUAAAAAUGUUUUAUCUCAUAACUCAGUACUUGCCUCAGUGCUAUACUCAAUUAGAGGAUAUUACAUAUAACUUUAGUGAGGCUGGCCAUGGAAAAAGUUCUGCUGAUAGGAUUAGCGGCUAUAUAAAGAAAUUAGCUGACGAUCAAGUGAAAUACGGCUUGGAUGUAACAAAUUUUGAUUCUUUGCUGGCGAUUUUGCGAAAUCGUGUUAAAUCUGUAUACAUUGAUUGCGUUACAGAAGACGAAAUAUCAAACAUUGAUUCAAUAUUACCAAGCAAUUUUAAGCCUUUCAUUGGCACUAUGAAAAUACAUCAAUAUACGUGGAAUAAACUACAACAUAAUUGUAUUUUAUUUAAUUCAUUAAGUUGUUUUGAUUGUUCUAAUAAAAGUCCAUGUAUACAUUUUGCUAUGGGAAAAAUUGAUUACUCUGUGAAUGAUACAGCCGGAAAAAUUAACAAAAGAUUGAUAGCUAAAAUAAAAAAAUCGGAAAAUUCGUCACCGAAAUUAACCAAAAAUUUAAAAUGCCUUGAAAAAGAUGUUGCUAAAGACAUUUUGGGAAAAAAUGAAACAAUAUCACUGCGUAGAAGUGCAAGAAUUAAAAAAACUGAUGAAAACCAAAAACAAUACAUUAAUUAA